CCCAGAGCCACUACGUGGCCUGCAUGGCCACCAUCCUGAGCCAGAUGGACAAGGACCACUACAGCACCUACAUCCAGGCGUUCCCCUCCCGGCCCGAGCUGAUGGACUUCCUCAUGGAGACUUUUAUCCUCUUCAAGGACCUGAUCGGGAAGACGGUGUAUCCUGGUGACUGGGUGGUGAUGAACAUGGUGCAGAACCGGGAGUUCCUGCGUGCCAUCAACCACUUUGCCACCACCUUGACCGAGAUGUUCCUGAGCGACAGCGACUUCGAGCUGCAGCUUUGGAACAAUUAUUUCCACCUGGCCGUGGCUUUCCUCACGCAGGACUCGCUGCAACUGGAGAAUUUCUCCCCGGGCAAACGCAACAGUAUCCUGGCCAAGUACGGGGACAUGAGAGCCACCAUCGGAGCAUCCAUCCGGGACAUGUGGUACAGCCUCGGGCAGCGCAAGAUCGAGUUCAUCCCGGGCAUGGUGGGUCCCAUCCUGGAGAUGACGCUGGUGCCGGAGCUGGAGCUGCGCAAAUCCACCAUCCCCAUCUUCUUCGACAUGAUGCUGUGCGAGCACCGCCUCAGGGGCAGCUUCACCCGGUUUGAGGAUGAGAUCCUGCGCAGGCUGGACAGCGAGGUGGAGGGCGGCCGCGGGGACGAGCAGUACAUGCAGCUUUUCAGGAGCAUCCUGCUGAGCUGCUGCCAGAGCCACCCCGAGCUGGCCAAGCCUGGAGAGGACUUUGUGAGGCUGGUGAGCGAGCUCCUGGAGCGGCUCCUGGACUACAGGGCUGUCAUGAAUGACGAGAACAAGACCUACAGCAUGAGCUGCACCGUCAACCUGCUGAACUUCUACAAGGAGAUUGACCGCCAGGCCAUGUACAUCAGGUACCUGUACAAGCUGAAGGACCUGCACAUCAGCUACGAGAACUACACGGAGGGAGCCUACACGCUGCUGCUGCACGCCCGGCUGCUCACGUGGUCAGAGGAGUCGAAUGCAGCUCCUGUGCCGGGCCCACACGGGCUCCAGCUGCACACUCAGCGCCAGCUGAAGGAGGCUCUGUACAACCAGAUCAUCGAGUACUUCGACCAGGGCAAGAUGUGGGAGGAAGCCAUCCACAUCUGCAAGGAGCUGGCGGAGCAGUACGAGAGCCACGUGUUCGACUACGAGAUGCUGAGUGACAUCCUGCAACGAGAGGCAAAGUUCUAUGAGAAGAUCCUGAAGGUGCUGCGGCCCAGCCCGGAUUACUUUGCUGUGGGGUACUACGGGCAGGGCUUCCCCACCUUCCUCAGGAGCGCAGAGAAGCUGCGAGCACGGCACAAGGACCGCGGGGAUGCGGAGCUGGCACAGGUGAAGAAGCACAUCCAGGUGAUCCUGGAGCGGCUGCUCCACACGGUCAAUCGCAGGGUGAUCGUCCUGGACCGGGAGAACCCGCUGAGGUGCUUCACCGUGCAGCCGGCAGAGGAGGCCAAGGUGCGGCUCAGGGGCCGCAGCAUCCCGGAGCAGAUCACCAACUUCUACAAAGCCAACCACAUCCAGAGGUUCAGCUACUCCCGGCCUUUCAAGAGGGGCCCGAGCGAUCCCGACAAUGAAUUUGCUAACAUGUGGAUUGAGAGGACGACCUUCAGGACAGCCUAUCCCCUGCCGGGCAUCCUGCGCUGGUUCGUUGUCACCUCUACUGACACGGGGUGGGUGUUGGCCAGCAUCCAGGGGGUCUCAGGAGCCACAGCUGUGGAGAUGUGA